UGGGUGUCCCUCCCUCGCCCAGCUAUGGCGGCGCCUGCAGCGCAGCCUGAUGAGGAGCUUCAGGCUUUCAGCGCGCUCGAGCCUCUUUCAGCUCAGCAAAAGCGACUGGCUCCGGUUAACGAGAACGCGGAGGAGGUGGCGGAGCUGCUGGAGAGCUGUCUGGACUCUGAUAACGGCCUCUCUGGCGAGACCAUCGCUGUCAGAUCCGUGGAGGAGCUGCUCGUUGGUUUCGACGAAAAGUUAAAGGCGUGCUUUCGACAUCUCGGCACUAAAAGCGAAGUAAUAGCGCCGGUAAAACCGAUAUCCGAGGAUACCGUCUUAAAACAUGACGAGAUCUGGAACGCACUUACAGAUAAUUAUGGAAACGUAAUGCCAGUGGACUGGAAUCAGUCUCGGGCUCGCUCACUUCACCUUCCCACCCUGAACAUUGAGGAUGGGCUGAGGGUGAAUAAUGUUAAUUUGGAUGUAUCUGAUGAUGAGGAGGUGAGGGAGCAGAUGGACAUGCAUUCCAUCAUUGUGUCCUGCAUCAACGAGGAGCCCCUCUUCACUGCAGAGCAGGUGAUUGAAGAGAUAGAGGAGAUGAUGCAGGACUCUCCAGACAUGGAAACAGAACACAACUGUCAUUCUGAACUGAUAAAAAGAUCCAGCAGCACCAGCCACAGCUAUGAGGAGAGAGUGAGGAACCUAAGUGUUGCAGAGCUGAAUGAGUUACUGGAGGAGGUAGAGACUGCUGUCCGCCGCUACUCAGAGGAACUGGUCCAGCAACUAGCUCUAAGAGAUGAGCUGGGCUUCGAGAAGGAGGUGAAGAACAGUUUCAUUUCUGUGCUGAUAGACGUGCAGAACCGGCAGAAAGAACAUAGAGAACUCUUGAAAAAGAAGAGGAAACUAAAGAAUGGAGCCGGAUCCCAGCACGGUAGAACGGACAGAUUACCAACUAGUCGCUUCAGCAUGGAGAGCAUCUCUACUGCCAUUCAAAAUGGUUUCCGCCAAACCUUUGGGCAUGGUGGCGGGGAGAAACAGUAUCUCACUACAGUCAUUCCAUAUGAGAAGAAAGGAGGCCCUCCGUCAGUUGAGGAUCUACAAGUUCUCACAAAAAUUCUUCAGGCCAUGAGGGAUGACAGUGAUAAAGUACCCAGUCUUCUCACAGACUACAUCCUUAAAGUACUUUGCCCCACCUAAAAUGAUGGGGAGACAUUUGCACUUGUGGUACUGUUUUGAAAAAGGACUAAUGAAGGAUUUCCAGGUGGACGUUCACACUGUGGAUUCAACUUUGAUCACCAAUCUACUUGUAAUGCAGGCUGGAAGGUCUCUUAACUGAGUAUCUGAAUUUUUUUAUUUAACAGUCUUUAUUUAUUUUUUUUCUUACAUGUUCACUGUACAUGACAUGCAAUACUAUUUUACUGCUAUGUGAUGUUAUUGUACAUCAAAGGAUGUAGAAUUCAGCUGAAGCAAAAAAUGUGAAGUGUAAAAAAAAAAAGUAAGUGCUCUUAAAACCACCUCUGGAAUGAAGGCAUGUCUUACUGUCUUGGUAUGCAGCAUCAUUUCUACAGUCUGUUUGAUGUUUGCGUUUUUGUAAAGUUUACGUCUUUCUGUUUUACUGUAAAUUUGCUCCAAGGGGUGUUGUAGUUCCAAUCCUAAGGGUUGACUAGUUUUCC